AUGCUGGCUGACAAUGACACCAAACAUUGGGGCUUGCAGUUUCCUCAGUUUCCUCUGAUCGCUACCGUGAAGUCGCUGUCCCCCCCUGAAGAAUCACCAUCGCCUGAGUCGUCAGUCAUAGAUGAUGACUUCGAAGAACACUCUCCGUCUCAGCUAGCUAUACCGGCCCCUGAUACAAACUCCCGCAGACGUACUUGGGAUGAAGCUUUCGAUCACGAAGUUCCCGAAUCGAACACCGCAUUGGACAACAACCGGAAUGCUCUGGCGAAGACCGUCACACCCCAGGGGUUGAUACGAAAUCUAUAUCUUCAGGCGGCAGUUGUGUUUAUGUUUGGUGUCAUUGUCAGCCAGCAUUUCAACCCGAGGACAAACCUCCAGAUCCACGGCCGGCUGAACAGACUCCAGCAAAAGCGUGCUGUUGUGUGGCACUGCCUCAAGAUCAAGAACUCGUUCCACGACCACCAGGACUGGUCGACUCACUGA